AUGGCAAUGAACGACGUAAUCGUGGCAAGCUCAGGCCUCGCCUAUCGGGUCCACGAUUCCAUAGAGCAAAAUGCCAGAGAAGGACUGGUGGCGGAUGGGAACUUCCAGGUGGUGGGGUUUGCGCUUACCACCAUGAAUCGCGACUACAUGUUUUACGUCAGAGAUGGAGCAAAUUGCUGGGGAUUGACUCACGCCUUGUGGCUGAUGGAUCAAGUCUUGCUCACCGCUUCCCAAUCGGGCUUCAACAUUGCUCGCAAAGUCUUCCUCUUUUCAGAUGGAACAGCCAGAGGGGAAGAUGAACCGCCCCAGCAGCUGCCGUCCACCGCCAGGGUGAUCGACACCAUCAAGAUCGAGAAUCUCAUAAGAUGGCGUGGGUGGAACUUCCGCCCAGCACUAUCCCCGGAUAAUGGCAGCGCUGGUCAGGGAGCUGGCGGCGCGAACCAAGACGGGGGGCCUCUUGAAGACAGACUGGAAUUGCUUCAUUGGGUCCUCGAACCGAGCAAGGAGAGCCAGGAUGAGUUCGGCAAGUCUGUGCGGAUCUUUGAGGCUAGGAAUGAGCAGAUCCUCAGAGAUGUGUGGUCCGGGUUCAAGAGACUCACAGGGCUACUGUUGCACAACGUCGAGUUCGGCCCUCAACUAGACGCUAUACUCACCGCGGACUUUACUCUUUCUGCCCGACUCGUCAAGCUGAAGUUCGAAUACGAGAAGACUUUCGAGGAGUUCGAUGCGCUGAAAAACGCCCUCUACCGCCAAGGAGCGAACCACGUCGUCGAAUAUGCCGAGAAACUCCGUGGACACGCCGAUAACAUCGCCAACCUCUACAUUGAAUGGGGUGCUCGCAAGCCUGGACAUGUCUGGUACAUGGCUGGCCUACUUCUUGAGAUCCUCUUUGGUGUCGUGACCCGGGACUUCAACAUGUACGGCAACUCCCAACAAACAGGAGGGAAUGAUAGCUCGAUGGGAAAUCUUUAUGUCCGCCUUGUCCGAGGGCAGCAGCUUUUCGUCGUUGGAACCCUCGAUGCCAUGCACGCGAGCAUACUCAAGAGCCACCAACCCAGUUUCGAUUCAAUCCGUGUAUGCUGGCGACGCGUCGACGAGGAUGAUUCUUUCGCCUCCACAUUCAAUCGAGUAUUGGAAAAGGCCAGUCUUGGGCCGUAG